AUGCCCAACGUCCGAGUCGCUGGCGGUCCAGCCACAGAGACCAGCCGCAGCCGCAGUCGUAGGCCAAUACCCAUCAAGGAGACGUCGGCCAACAGCGGCAGGCGACUCAGCAGCCCUCCUCCACCUACUCAGUUCAAGCCUCGUGUCUCGUUUGACACUUUCGACAAUCGCGACGCUUCGGAUUUCUCCCUGACUCUGAGUCGCAAGCAUCGCGAAUAUGAGUACACCAAACGCUCGCGUACCUUCCUCUGCGGCACCGAUGUGAACGACUACUCGGAUACUGCUCUGGAAUGGCUGGUUGACGAACUUGUCGAUGACGGCGAUGAAGUCGUCUGUCUGAGGGUCGUUGAGAAGGACAGCAAAGAGGCAGCCAAAUGGGCCGGUGGCGGAAGCGACAGAGGAGGCAGAGAGCGCAGCUAUCGUAAAGAGGCGAAUCGCAUGCUCGAACGCAUCGAGGAGAAGAACACCGAAGACAAGGCCAUCAACAUCAUCCUCGAGUUUUCCAUCGGCAAGAUCCAAGAUACGAUCCAGCGCAUGAUCAGAAUCUACGAGCCCGCAAUACUAGUCGUCGGUACACGAGGUCGAUCUCUGGGUGGCUUCCAAGGCUUACUACCCGGUUCCGUAUCAAAGUACUGUCUCCAACACUCGCCCGUCCCCGUCAUCGUCGUCCGCCCAUCCUCCAAGCGCGACAAGAAAAAGCGACAGAGACUCGAGGAUCCCACCCGCCGCGGCUACCGCGACAUCCUCGACAAGAGC